AGCGGCGCGCUGAGAGCCCGCGGGAGCGGCGGAGACGGUCAGUCCGGGAGGCGCUGGGAGGGCUUCCUCAGGGUUGUGGGCUAGGGAGACCGCCGCAAGGUACCUCCUCACAUAUCCCUCGCGGACCCAGCAGGCCAACAGCGUGGGGCGGCGGCGACGUCGACGGCCGGGGCUGGGAGCGCUAGCGGCCGGGGUCCCAGUCAUGGCCGAGUCUGUGGAGCGGCUGCAGCAGCGGGUCGAGGAGCUGGAGCGGGAACUGGCCCAGGAGAGAAGUCGCCGGGCCCUGGGGGGCGGCGAUGGAGGAGGCGGUCGGGCCCGCAUCGAAAAGAUGAGCCCCGAGGUGGUGGAUUCCAACCCCUACAGCCGCCUGAUGGCAUUGAAACGAAUGGGAAUUGUAAGUGACUAUGAGAAAAUCCGUACCUUUGCUGUAGCAAUAGUAGGUGUUGGUGGAGUUGGCAGUGUGACUGCUGAAAUGCUGACAAGAUGUGGCAUUGGUAAGUUGCUACUCUUUGACUAUGACAAGGUGGAACUGGCCAAUAUGAAUAGACUUUUCUUCCAACCUCAUCAAGCAGGAUUAAGUAAAGUUGAAGCAGCAGAACAUACUUUGAGGAACAUUAAUCCUGAUGUUCUUUUUGAAGUACACAACUACAAUAUAACCACAGUAGAAAACUUUGAACAUUUCAUGAAUAGAAUAAGUAAUGGUGGAUUAGAAGAAGGAAAACCUGUUGACCUCGUUCUUAGCUGUGUGGACAAUUUUGAAGCUCGAAUGACAAUAAAUACAGCUUGUAAUGAGCUUGGACAAACAUGGAUGGAGUCUGGGGUCAGUGAAAAUGCAGUUUCAGGGCAUAUACAGCUCAUAAUUCCUGGAGAAUCUGCUUGUUUUGCGUGUGCUCCACCGCUUGUAGUUGCUGCAAAUAUUGAUGAGAAGACUCUGAAACGAGAAGGUGUUUGUGCAGCCAGUCUUCCUACCACUAUGGGAGUGGUUGCUGGGAUCUUGGUACAAAAUGUGUUAAAGUUUCUGUUAAAUUUUGGUACUGUUAGUUUUUACCUUGGAUACAAUGCAAUGCAGGAUUUUUUCCCCACUAUGUCCAUGAAGCCAAAUCCUCAGUGUGAUGACAGAAAUUGUAGGAAGCAACAGGAAGAAUAUAAGAAAAAGGUAGCAGCACUGCCCACACAGGAGGUUGUUCAAGAAGAGGAAGAAAUAAUACAUGACGACAAUGAGUGGGGUAUUGAGUUGGUAUCUGAGGUUUCAGAAGAGGAACUGAAAAAUUCUUCAGGUCCAAUUCCUGACUUACCUGAAGGAAUUACAGUGGCAUAUACAGUUCCCCAAAAGCAAGAAGAUUCUGUACCUGCGGUAACAGUGGAAGAUUCUGGUGAAAGCUUGGAAGACCUCAUGGCCAAGAUGAAGAACAUGUAAAUAAUGGACUGGCCUGUAUUUUAUUUCCCAUGUCUAAACCUGUUCCCUAGCAAUUAAAAAGAAAAUCAUUUAAAACUGAGAAAACUUAGGGCAACAUCAGUUGAUGUAUAAUCUUCACUGAAUUGUUAUACUGUUUAUAAAAAUACUGUGACUAUUGCUUGUUACUCCUCCCCUCCCCCUCUUCAACUAAAUCAGAAACUCUCCUAAAACUCAUGUUUUGUUCUAGUAAGAAAACUUCAAAGGAUUAUUGCAGGCAGUUAUAAAUCUUAUUUAUAACUUAGCCAUUGAACUGUUUUGGCCUUUUGGGAGGGGUGGGAAGAAAGGACCAAUUUGAUUUGCCUGAGGCCAUGGACAACAGAAUAGUGUGUGGUCAAAUAUAGGAAAAGGAUAAGAGGUACAACCUAUUGAUUAGAGCCAGCAGGCACCUACUCAUUGUGUUUGGAAUUGCUUUCUACAGGAAAACUGCCCACUACUACUAACUUGAGCAACAGUGAAUUUCAAAUAGUAAACCUAUAAAAUAAAAAAAUCCUUUCAAAUGUUUCCUGAUGAAACAAGCUGAAAUACAGUCAUUGGAAAAGUUUGUAAACCUCUGAAUUAUAUAUUCAAAACAAGACAGGCAAAUAAGAGGAAGCUUUC